UUGUUAACAAACAGCAGAAGCAGCCCUGAAUUUGAGAGAGAGAAUUGAAAGAAAGAAAGAAAUGGAAGCAGUGUUGUGUAGGAAAUUGGGUGAUCCAACCACAGAAGACAAGUCGAAUUCCCCGAUAGUGUUGAUCAAGAACAACCCGAUCCCUCAAGUGGAUUCUCCCACAGCAGUGAGGGUGAGGGUGAAAGCCACCAGCUUGAACUACGCCAAUUACCUGCAGAUACUGGGAAACUACCAGGAGAAGCCUCCCCUGCCCUUCAUCCCAGGCUCUGACUACUCGGGAAUCGUCGAUGCUGUGGGUCCCAAUGUCACUCAAUUCCAAGUCGGAGACCCCGUUUGUUCCUUCGCUAACCUUGGCUCCUUUGCUCAAUUCAUCGUUGUCGACCAGUCCCAAUUGUUCCGAGUACCAGAGGGAUGUGAUAUGGUUGGAGCAGGUGCACUUCCCGUUGCCUACGGAACCUCGCAUGUGGCACUUGUCCACAGGGCUCAUCUGAGCUCUGGACAGGUAUUGCUGGUUCUUGGUGCUGCUGGAGGCGUUGGCCUUGCUGCUGUUCAAAUCGGAAAGGUUUGCGGCGCCAUUGUUAUUGCCGUCGCUAGGGGAACUGAAAAGGUGCACUUCUUGAAGUCGUUGGGUGUUGAUCAUGUAGUGGACUUGAGCCAUGAAAAUGUUACCCAAAGUAUCAAGGACUUUCUCAAGGCUAGAAACCUCAAAGGGGUUGAUGUUUUGUACGAUCCAGUGGGAGGCAAGCUCACUAAAGAAGUCCUUAGGCUUUUGAAUUGGGGUGCCCACAUUCUGGUCAUUGGCUUUGCCAGCGGAGAAGUCCCUGUUAUCCCUGCUAACAUCGCCCUCGUCAAGAAUUGGACAGUGCACGGACUUUAUUGGGGUAGCUACAAAAUACAUCGACCAGGUGUUCUUGAAGAUUCUGUUCGGGAGCUACUCUCAUGGAUGUCAAGAGGCUUGAUCACCAUCCACAUUUCUCAUUCUUACAGCAUGUCAGAGGCCAGCCUAGCCUUUUCUGCUAUCAAAGAUAGGAAAGCAAUUGGGAAGGUGAUGAUUGUUCUUGAUGACAACAAGACAAGUGUAACAUCUAAGCUUUAACAUGGUCAGGAUUCAGAAACUCUUCCUUUUCAUAACUUAUGACCAAUAAUACAUGGUGUCUUUUGUAGUUUUGCUAAGAAUCAAAUCUAAGACCUAUUGAUACCAUGAAAUCUAAAUAAGAAUGCAAGUCUUGGACAAAAUACAUGGGGUAACAAGUUAAAUAUUUAUAUAAGAUGGAUGUUAUGUAGCAAA